AGCACAAUUCCAUCAGUCGAAUAAUAAAGCCACCACAAUGUUCAGAUUUCACAAAACAAAGGAUGUCAUUUCGCUUUUCCACAAUGCCAAAUCCCCAGCUUCUCUGAGGGUGCAUACUCUCCUCAAGCAAAUCUCUGCCAAUGCCAGCGAGCCGGCAACCGAAGACCAAGCCAGUGACCACACUCCGCAAACCAACCCCAAAAGACAAGAAUUCGAUCUCGAAGUCACCGAAGCGCCUCCCACCCCAGAUCAAUUGAAGAGCAUCCUCGAGUAUGUGGGAGCUCAGAAGGCUAGCACAAUCAUCAAGGGUGCGAGGGACGAGGCAGAUGCGAUGAAGAAGCUGAAGGAGAAUUCAGAGAACUUCCAGAGACCUAUCACUGUUGAUUGGGCGAACGGACGAGUGGUUGCGGGUGCCAAUGAGUCGGAGAUCUUGAAGAUGGUUCAAGAUCUGCCGGAGAGUUAGAGAGGAGUUGUAUAUGAUACCAGCAUGAGGUCAUGAAAAGCGUAAGGCGAUGAGAUGCUUCGGGUUUGGGAUGCCCAAGACACCAUCAGCUGCUCAUUUGUACUUUUAAAUCUUGAAAUCACGUCUC